AUGUUGAAGCAGCCGGGCGUCGUCACCUCAUGGGUGAUAUCGAGAAAAACUGUCGCUGUAGAGAUCGGAGUCUCCCCCACAGUCACGCCCACCCUGGCCGACGAUCAGCAGUCAGCCACCGCGCGCGUCGUCGCCGGCGCGCCCCCGUGGAUGACCGCACACCCGGGAGCGACGAUGAUGCCGCCCACUACAGUCUCUGUUUUCCACCCUACCCCGACCCCCAGCCUCGGCAAGCGCGAGCGCGACGACGAGGACGAGACGGACACGCAGCGGCGCAAGCGCGAGAAGGCCGCGGAGCGACAGCUCCGGAAGCGCCAGCGCGACCGCGAGGGGCGGGACGACGAAGGGCAGCCUGGCGUGAACGCGCACACGCAGGAGCUGGAUGAGGAGGAGCAGGCGCGCAGGGAACGCGUGCGCGCCGCGGCGAGGGAGCGUCAGCGGAGGCAUCGGAUGGCCGUGAAGCAGCGAAAGCUGCAGGAGAUGGGGCUGGAAAUGGACCCGGCCGCGGAGCAGCAGUACGAGACGUACCCACCGCCACCGCCUCACCAGCCGCGGCAGGUCGUACCACCCAACUCGGUACUCGGGGGACAGACGUUCGCGACGACGCUGUUGCUCUCGUUCUCUUGCGUGCCUUUGCUGAAGCAACACCUUCUGCGCACGUUGCACAUGACGAAUGAAGAGCUCGCGUCGCUUGAGCCCAUCAUCGCGCAGGCGUUCGACCACUGGGAUCGCCAGAGACGAAUGGCUUUCCAAGCAAUACACGGUGUCCCCAUGCCUCCUCCAUCCGCAUUCGCUCCUCCCCUUGGCACCAUCACCGCACCCGAAAUCCUCCCACCGCCUCCACAUCCACCAUACGGUUCCGACCCCAACAAUCCGUCAGGCUCUGGCGAAGGGAGUCCUGAUAACCGGGAAGCGCUCCGCGAGCAGCUUCAGCGCGUCUUCCAAGGCAGCACUCCUUACUCGAUUCCCGCUCCCCCGCCGCCUCCACCACCUCAGGAGAACGUUCCACCCCCGCAACCCUCUAAUAUCGAUCCGAACCUAGCUGAGGGCAAACCAGCCGAGGCUUCUUGAACUUGUAUAUGCUGUCGUCUAUACCGCUCUGGUUGUAUGAGCCUGAUCCUUGAUAAAAUAGCUUGUGAACGUCGAUCGUUUACCCAACAUGUCAUCUCGAUAAGUGGGUUGUUCCUGCUGUAAGACGGCCCUUCACUGCUUUUC